AUGAUGAAUCCCCAACCACAACAGCAGCAGCAUCAACAAAUAAUGGCCAUGGCCAUGAAUCAGAAUCAAAUGAUUGGCAUGAGCCAAAUGAAUACGCAACCGCAGCAGCAGAUGGUGAAUCGGAGCUACGGGAAUUGGGCCCCACCGUUGCCACAACCACAAUUCCAUAACCCUAAACCUAACAUGAACCUUGUAGGUAUGAAACCACCCCCAUCUGUUACUUUCAAUAAGUCAACGACUCAAUUGCGGUCGGGUCCGAGGAGCAACUGGAAGGGGAAGAAGGUCGGUAAGCCGUACGACAAGAGGCGGAAUGACCAGCAGAAACCCUUGAUGCCUGGCUCUAGUACUGGUCCUCCUGGUAGUGCUUUUAAUGUCAACAGUGGCACUGGGAAUAAGAAUUUUAAUUAUAACCCUCCAACUUUGAAUGAAUUGCAGCAUCAGAAUAGGUUGAAGGCACGGAAAUUCUUCCCCAAAAAGAAUUUCAAUAAGAACAAUAACAUGAAUUUGACAAUGGGUAGUAAUAAUAAAAGGUUUGCUCCAUUUGCUCCAAGGAACACAACUUCUUUUCUAAUAAGGGCUAAGAAGAGUGGUGGGAUUGCACCUUUUGUUUCUCCUUGCCCAGUGACUCCUGCAGUUUUGCCAACUCCAAUUUUCUCCCCAUCACGGGAGGUUUUAGUGGAUAUGGCGAAGGAAGAGUGGGGUCUUGAUGGUUAUGGUUCAAUGAAGGGGUUGAUUCGGUUGAGAUCACCGGGCCAUGAAAUGGAGGUACAUGAAGAAGAGGAGGAAGAUGAGGGAGGGUCAAGCGAGAGUGAUGUGGAGGAGCAUGUUGAGGUUGAGAGGAGAUUAGACCAUGAUUUGAGUCGUUUUGAGAUGAUUUAUAAUCCGAAGAGUGUUGGUAUUGGUGGAGUGGAAUAUCAUAAUGUGUUAGAGAAUAAAAUGGAUGAUCAGGAUACACACAUUGCACAGUUGGAAGAAGAGAAUUUGAUUUUGAAGGAUAGGCUGUACUUGAUGGAGAGGGAGCUGGGGGAUUUGAGGAGGAGGUUGCAGGGUCUCGAGAGGCCGGGACUCAAAGUCGGGGGGGAGAUUAAUGAAGAGGUGAUGGAGAAUGACUCUGACAAUGAGAGCGUUAGUGAUGGGGAUGAGACCCAUUCCAUAGAGGAGCAUAAUGUGGAUUUGAACGAACAGGGAGGUGGGAGUUCUGAAGGGAAUGUCGAAUCAAAUGACAAUAAUGAAAGUGUAGAAGCAGCUACAAAACCUAAGCAAAAAAAUUUAGUGGAUGUUGAAGUGACAAUGGAAACAGAUCAGAUCAAGGAAAUUGCAGAUGUUGAAGUGAAGGAAGUGAAAAACAAUUAUGAAUUUGUUGCAGAGAACAUUGCAGAUGUUGAUGGGAAAGAAGAGACUAACAUUGAUGAGAACAAUCAGGAUAACUUAAUGAGUGUUGAGGCAUCUGAGCCUAUGACAGUAGGAGGAGAUGUUUGUAUGGAUGUGGAUCGGCAUGCAGCGGAUAAAGAGAUUACAUGGAAGUAUGUUGAGGAUUCGGGCAUUGGCAGAGGAAAUUAA